UUUAGCUCGUUGAUCAUGUGACAUUGUUUGUGUUCAAAAUGGCGGCUGCAGGACGGCCACUUGGAGAUAUUUCAACCGAAAAGACUGUGUUUUUUCUGUGUGAUAUGCAAGAAAAAUUCCGCCCAGCGAUAAAUUGUUUUGAAGACAUACUCGAAGUUUCAAAGCGUCUAGUGUCUGCAGCAAAGAUUUUAGACAUUCCAUUGGUGGCAACCGAGCAGUAUCCAAAAGGUCUUGGCCACACAGUGCCCGAAUUAAAAGUGGACCAUGCUGUGGGAGUUUUCCCUAAAACCAAAUUUAGCAUGAUUAUACCAGAGGUGGAAAAGAAAUUGGAAAGCCUCCGUGAUGGAAAUGUUAAGCAUGUUGUCCUGUUUGGUAUUGAGACUCAUGUAUGCAUUCAACAAACAGCAAUAGAUUUACUGAAGAAGAAUAUAGAGGUCUAUGUGGUUGCUGAUGCAUGCUCCUCCAGAAGCCAGAUGGACAGGAUUUUUGCAUUGAAGAGGCUGGAUCAAGCAGGUGCAAUUGUUACUACCAGCGAAUCUGUCCUGCUUCAACUUCUUGGAGAUAAAGAUCAUCCCAAGUUCAAGGAAGUUCAAAGUCUGAUCAAAGUUAGUGCACCUACAUCAGGGCUAAUUGGAAAUGUUUAACAUCUCUUAACAGAGCAUUGAAUCUAGAACUCAAGAGAACAGUAAAAAAGUCGAGAAUUAUGAUGGUUUUUUGAAAUUGAGAAAAUCCUCAAAACUGACACUAUAAACUAUUUUAUAAAAAAUUAGACUGACAUGUAGUAUCCAAGUUUACAUGCAUAUGAAAAUUGCAUCCAUGCUGAAUAAAACCUAGAUUAACUGACGAUGCAGUUUUCAUAUCCCCUUAAAUAAUAGUUAGUUUUUAUAUAAGGUUUAGUGUAGCCUAUUCUAGUUGAAUCAAUUUUUUUUUCUUUUGUUAUCCCUAUAUUGAUCUAUAUCGAGUAGUACUUGUACUUUCCCUGCUUUAGUCUAGACAUUAUAGAAUGUAUAUCAAACUGUAUAUGGUAAUCACUCUGCGGAUUACUUCUUGUAUUUGUAUUUGAUCAUGCCCGGAUGUAGGGCGAUUGUCAAUAAACUUCUGAUUCUGA